AUGCAACCUCAUUGUCGUCUUCUUCGGCCAGUGAUCCUCGGCCUCGUCCACCGCCAGCGCCGUCACUUGAGUCGAGUCAGCCUCGUCUUCCUCGACUUCGUUCACGCCAGAUUUCCAGCCUCCUCGAGCCCGACGCGUGUCUGGUGGACGCUGAAUGUCGCCAACGCUGGACUAAAUGCUGUCGACAACAAUGCACCCCCGCCGUCUUUCCAGCCGGUGAGUAAAGGAGGUGCACCGACCAAAAAGGCUGCCUGGUCGUCUAUUUUAUCUUGA